AUGAUCCAACCCCUCACAAUCUUUCAAUGGGUGAGUGUGGUCCUGCUCUCCUGUCACCCGGCCGGCUGCAAUGAAGCGGAGCUCUUCGAGACUGCCCCCACAAACCGGGCACACUGGCUGGAAGCAUUCCAGCGGAUCCUGAGUGGCUACAAUGAGCGUGUCAGUGAGGAUGGGGUCGAGAAGCAGCCGGCGAAUGCCAAGAAGCGGAAGCGGGCCAGCCGCCAGGCCAAGCAGUCCGCCGAACCUGCUGUCGAGAUGGACCAGAGCAGUAUCAAAAUCGGCACCCAGAGGCAGACUGCCAUCAAGUGUGUCUUGCAGCACUUCACCCGGCAGGCUUGGGAAACUUGUACACAGCACAUGGCCUGGACAUACUCGGCGGCCAAUAGUGCUUUCAGCGAUGCCUUGUUGUCGUGGACACACUUGUAUCCGGCCAGCCCGCCCCCGCCAAGCUGCCUGCCGACCGAAGUGCAAGUGCUUGCUGCACAUGAGGCAAGGCAGCUCAACACUUGA